UCUGUGGUACUGCCGCAAAACCAGUGGAGCUGUAGAACCUGAGGCAAUAACUUCAACCGAGGCGAACCAAACGCACCAGGCAACAAAAAUAACAGCGCCACCUACAACGAAAGCCGUAGCGCGCGCAAUCGAUAGCAAAUAAUAGAUUUGAUCGAGUUUUUACAACAGCUCAACCAACAAACAAACAACAAAACACUCAUCCGUCAAGAUGUGGCCGAGAUCGUUGCGCUCCCUGCUGCUGACGUGCCUGCUGUUAGCGUCCUCCUCGCCGAGCAUAGACGCGGCGAAGAGGCGAUCCCGGCUCGAUCUGCCCAUCUCCAAGCCGGCCGACGCACCGCUCGAGGACAAUCUGGCCACCGCGUCCGGGUCCGAGCCGGCGUACGAGCGCGUCGAGGCACCGGCCGCGAUCACACCGGCCGCUGCCGCCACCAGUGCGGGCACCUCCGCCGAGACGGAAUCGUCCGCCAACGCUAGCGGAAGCGGAAGCUCGGAAAACAGCAGCCAGAUGAUCGACGAGUACUCGGACGAGGAGUGCGAUCCGGACUUCAUUGCGUUCGAGCUGGUUACCGGGUACGUCUUCUCGGCACCGAACAAGCUGCUCGACUCGAUGCCCGGCACGCUGAUGCUGACCGACUGUCUCGAGGCCUGUCAGAACAAUGAUUCGUGCGCGUCCGUCAACUACGAAACCGGCCUGUGUGUGCUGUUCUCGUCAAACUCUGACAAAUUACCAGGUGCCCUCACAAAGUCGCAAUUCCCGGUGUUCACGAUCUACGCACAGAAGUCCUGCCUGAAGCUGCGGCCGUGCGAACGUGCCUGGUGCAUCGACAGGGUGCAAGGUUACAAGCUGAACGGACACGUCAAGCGCACCGCCCAGGUCGUUUCGCGCCGCGACUGUAUCGAGAUGUGCCUCGGCGAGAACGAAUUCACCUGCCGCUCGGCCAACUUCUACCAGACCACGAUGACUUGCGAGCUGUCCGAUAUGGACCGCAUCACGCUGGCCGGCUCGUCCGCCUUCCAGACGAACGACGGUGCCGACUACCUGGAGAACAACUGCGCGGAGGAGCCGACGAAGCUGUGCGAGUUCAAGCGCCUGUCCGGCCGCAUCUUGAAGACGGUCGACUCGGUCUACCAGGACGUGGCGAGCGUGGACGAGUGCCGAGAGCUGUGCCUGAGCUCGCCGUACCGCUGCCACUCGUACGACUACGGAGAUACCGGCGAUAUGGUGUGCCGCCUGUCCCACCACAGCCGCGCCACGCUGUCCGACAUUCAGGAUCCCUACCUGGACGUGCCGGAAGCGGCCACGUACGAGCUGUCCUCCUGCUACAACGUAUCGAUUGAGUGCCGCGCCGGCGAUAUGAUUGCCAAGAUCCGCACCUCCAAGCUGUUCGACGGCAAGGUGUACGCCAAGGGUUCGCCGAACUCGUGCUCGGUCGACGUGAAGAGCUCGCUCGAGUUUGAGCUGCGCAUGGGCUACCAGGACAUUGACUGUAACGUGCGCCAGAACGGGCUCGGCCGCUACCUGAACGAUGUGGUCAUCCAGCACCACGACACGAUCGUGACGUCGAGCGAUCUGGGGCUGGCCGUCACCUGCCAGUACGAUCUGACCAACAAGACCGUCUCGAACGAUGUCGAUCUGGAUGUGACGGGCGAUAUCGAGCCGGCCCUGUCGGAGGAGGUCGUCGUCGACUCGCCGAACGUGGUGAUGAAGAUUACGACGCGCGACGGCAGCGAGAUGAUGCGCACGGCCGAGGUCGGCGAUCCCCUGGCGCUGCGCUUCGAGAUCCUGGACCCGCAGUCCCCGUACGAGAUCUUUGUCCGCGAGCUGGUCGCGAUGGACGGCGUGGACAGCAGCGAGAUUACGCUGAUCGAUGCGCGCGGCUGCCCGACCGACCACUUCAUCAUGGGCCCGAUCUACAAGAGUGCCAGCUCGGGCAAGAUACUGCUGUCGCACUUCGACGCGUUCAAGUUCCCGUCCUCGGAGAUGGUACAGUUCCGGGCGCUCGUCACACCGUGCAUGCCGACCUGCGAGCCGGUCCAGUGCGACCAGGACGAUUUCGGUGGCGAGCUGCGCUCGAUGGUGUCGUACGGGCGCAAGCGGCGCUCGGUGAACGCGACGACGAGCGCGGUGCUGGAGGCGGUCGCACGCCACCGCCGCGAGACAACACGCCAAGCGCCGCAGGACGACAUGCUGCUGGUGCAGUCGAUUCAGAUCACCGACAAGUUCGGGUUCGAGAAGCAGCAGGGCGCCAAACCGAAGCUCAGCAGCAGCGAAACCGUGUUCGUUGCCAACGAUGGUCAGGGCAUCUGCGUUAAUGGAUUGGGUCUGAUCGUUGCCGGUGCCGUGUUCCUGCUCGGCCAGCUGGCCGUCAUUGCCAUCUGGACCUAUCUGUGGCAGCGUCGCCGAAAGCAGCGCCAGUUCGAGAACGCCUCGAUGGGCUCGUCCGUUGUGCCGACCCCAACGCUUACCGGUAGCCGGGCGGACUCGAUGUGCAAGCUGUACGACAGUGGUUACGCGGGCAGGCACUUUUAA